AUGUUCGGAAUAUCGCGGGGCGUGGCACAAAGGAAGCGGUCAUCACGAGGCGGCGCCUCUCAGCGGCACCGCAGGAAGCGCGGACCAGCGAACGCGUGGCGUCCCCAGCGGUCAGGUCAACGCGCGGCGUCCAAAGCGGUCAGGUCAACGCGUGGCGUCCCCAGCGGUCAGGUCAACGCGCAGCGUCCCCAGCGGUCAGGUCAACGCGCGGCGUCCCCUGCGGUCAGGUCAACACGCGGCGUCCCCAUCGGUCAGGUCAACGCGCAGCGUCCCCAGUGGUCAGGUCAACGCGUCCCCAGCGGUCAGGUCAACGCGAGGCGUCCCCAGCAGUCAGGUCAACGCGCGGCGUCCCCAGCGGUCAGGUCAACGCGCGGCGUCCCCAGCGGUCAGGUCAACGCGCGGCGUCCCCAGCAGUCAGGUCAACGCGCGGUGUCCCCAGCAGUCAGGUCAACGCGUGGCGUCCCCAGCGGUCAGGUCAACGCGCGGCGUCCCCAGCGGUCAGGUCAACGCCUGUCUCUUAUACACAUCUAG